CAGCGGCCGCCUCUGGAACGGAACAUGACACAGACGCACAGCAGAUCCUUCAUCAAGAGUCAAAUUGAGAAAACUUCAUGCGUCACGAUCCAACUCAUUCUGCUGAACUACUGUGGAGCUGAAAUCUGAUGGCUGCGCUCCCACAUGAUCCCACUCCUGACCAAACACAAGUUUACAUGUUUACACACACAAUUCAUCCUACAAACACACACUCGGUGCAAACCUGUCCUCAAACACACACAUAACCAUAAGCACACAAGCUCCUCAGAAAUCCAGCUUUGAGAGAAACACGUUUUGGGACCGUUUUCAUAUCGCACCAUGUCGAAGGAAGACUGUAAGGUGGGCUGUAAACACAAGGAACGCAAGCCCAAAAAGCCACACUACAUCCCACGGCCAUGGGGCAAACCCUACAACUACAAAUGCUUCCAGUGUCCAUUCACGUGCAUGGAGAAAUCACACCUGUACAACCACAUGAAGUACAGCCUGUGCAAGAACUCCCUGUCGCUGCUCAUCGAGUCCGACUGGCCGUAUAAAAAAGAGCAGCUCCGGCUCCAGCAGGGAGGCGUUCGCUCACGUAGCCCGACUAAGGGUCACUCAGAGCAGGUCGCGAUGUCAGACGAGCCCUCGCAUUCGGCGGCGAGUCUGGAGGAGGGUGAGAAAGGAGAAUCUGAAAGAGAAGCGGAGAUAGACGAAGAGGUUGUGGAGACCAAUGCAUCGAUGGUGAUGAGUCACGAAUCUGCGGAAACGUGUUCAAGAGGAAGCAAACGACCAAAGCAAGAAGCUGAACUCGUGAUGGCCGACGUGUUCUCUCUUGAGGAGCAACUUUUGCGAGCACAUUCGGUUGAGGUAGAGUCAAAACUGAGACACUAUAGAUUGUCCAAAACGUGUCUGUCUGGACCGGCGGCAUUGCUUUCGGAGCAAUGGCGCAUCUUAAGCAACCAGACAUCUGGUGCAAAGCCUAAAUCGGAUCCGGUGGCGUCUUCUCUGCCCUGUUAUCCUCCACCGGCGUCAAUGGGUCAAAUCGAAUGCCCUGAAACACCGGGUUUCAAUCUGUCUUUGCUUGGUGUUGGAUAUCCGUUGGCUCCCGGACUCCUUUCAUAUCUAAACCCAGCACUUAGCUUACCUGCGAGUACGGCGAACACAAGCGCACCGCUGCCGUUCCUGGCAUCAACCCAUGCACAAAGACACUCAGAGCAUCCUUUACUUCCUCCUCACCUGUAUUACCCUUUCCUGUGUGAGCACACUUUCGGAGCGACGCCUUCCUCGAUGUCCUCCGAGACAGGAAAGCUCAUCAAACCGCCAACCGCAAGCCUGCCGCCCCCUUCGUACCCUCCCAAACUCAACCUGUGGAAGGUCCCGGCCCUCCGGCCCACAUCCUCACCCGCGGCCUGGCCGUCGCCCUCCUGUUCCUCCCCAGAACCGAGCCACGGCGUAAAGCAGAGGAUACUAUCGAGGGAAGUGAAGAGCGCCAGGCCACAGGACGCCUACAUCAGAGAGCAAAGUCUGAAGAGGGCAGCGGCAUCCUUGGACUCCCAUAGUGCACCAGGAGAGAAGAAACCAGCUCUUGAGUUUGCCCUCGACUCUUAA